AUGGAUUUCGACACCUCACAAAGCGAUACCGAGUCAACUUGGAUGUCUGACUGCUCCGAGAGAACUCCAGCUUUGGAGAUCGACCACCCCUUCAUGUUGGUCAAACCUAUAGUCGUACGAGAGGGCUUGCUUGCAUUUUCAGCCUCACAGCAGCAGCAGCGUCCACAAGGUGGUGCCGCUAGCAGCGUCGGCACCGGAAGCACGUCAACUACAGCUAGUAGAGAUUCUGGUCAGAAGGCAAGCAAGAAACGAAUUCGUAAAAAGAGAGCAGCAAGUGAAGGAUCAAAAGAAAGCGGUGACGACGAUGGAGCCCCGGAAAAACGGCGUCGAGCUUCCAAGAGGACCACAGGAAAUCAACUUUCGUUUGCUUGUCCAUUUGCCAAAAAGGAUCCUCUUAAGUAUCGAGGUUGUUAUUCAUAUACUCUUAGUCGUGUUCGAGAUGUCAAACAGCACCUAUCACGAUAUCAUCAGCUUCCCAUAUACUGUCCUCGUUGUAUGGACAUUUUCGAAACCGAAGACGAGCGAGACGAGCAUAAUAAGACUAUCCCUUGUCUUGCCCAAAAUUUUAGGCAUGAAGGAGUUACAAGAGCGCAAAAGGCGCAAUUGUCGGAACGGGUCUCUUCGACGAUGACGGUAGAAGAUCAGUGGUUCACAAUCUUCGACAUCCUUUUCCCGGGC